AUGUCAUCAUCCAAUCCACCUUCCACACCAUCGUGUCCACAUUCACGAUCAAGUCAUUACAGCUCAUCACCCCUAAUACCUCGCCAAAAUAGUAAUAAUGGGAUAAGGAAAUCGAACCAUAACAUGAAUAGCACGGACAGCUAUUUCCCCGUCCAUGUUUCCGCUCCUGCUCCACCAGCUAAUAUCUCACGAUUAUCAUCAUAUCAACAACAGCAACAACAACAGCAACAACAACAGCAACAACAACAGCAACAACAACAACCACAAAACAACCCAACGUAUACUUCGGGAAAUACGAGUAGAGGUCUAAGACCACUGGGAAUGUCAUCUUCAUCAACGUUGAACAUCCCACCUUCAUCACCGUUCUCAGCUCCAUCGUCGUCAUCGAUGGAUAAACAAGUCAAAAGGAGAAGUAUGAUUAUACCUCCUUCCACACUAAUCCUUAUCAAUGACGAUGAUCCACCGCCAACGCCGAACAACAACAAGUUGAAAAGAUUAUCAUUAUGCUCUGGUGGACCACCUUCCUUAGAAUUAGAUCGUACUUCAAACCCAAAUCCGAACUCAAAUACAAAUUCAGGUUCAAUUCCGAUCUCACCAAAUCCAUCAAUGUCUCCCUCACAUCGACAUGAUCAACCUUCUACACCUGGAAAUACAAGAAGGCCAGAAAGAAGAAUGGGCUUGAGAGCAAGUAUAAGUUAUUCACCUGCUAUGCCUAUCCAGCAACAAACACCUAGAACAGGUGAGAGGAAAUCAUUCGGAAGAGGUGAUGGUGGUUGGGGAGUAGACGAUGAAGUCGAACAAGUCACACAAGAGAAUAACCAGGAGACGGUAGACAGCGAAAAUGAAGUGGACAUUGCAAACAACAAAGGGGAACAUAAAAGAAGUAACGGCGUUCAAACUCUAGCUGAAAAACAUGCCGAUCUACUAACUCAUAUCGCUCAAAGAGAGCGAAGAGUGGCUGAAAUCAAGCAAGAAUUACAAGCACAGGAGAAUGCUUUGGCUUCACUGAAAUCACGAUGGACGACAAUCGUCUCCAGAUCAGUCCUAUCACCACCUGAUCCUAUUCAUUCUCACGCCAGCACCCAGACCCACACCCGGUCUCAAUCUGCGUCACAGCCAUAUCCGCCAAGUCGUCGCCGACCAAUGAGUAUGAUCUCCAAUUCUACUUCUACUUCAUCCGGAUCAUCACUUUCCCUAGCUACGAUAGAUGAGCCUAUCAAUCCUGCCUCAGCGCUUGCAACCGCUUCCGUUUCAGCUUCGACAUUGAUAUCCUCAACUGGCGCUCUUAGUGAGACUGGCGCCGCUGUCUUGAGCGGUCUCAUCAGUCAAACAGAAGGUUACCUAGGUCCAGAAGUGGUUCAGGGUGGGAAAAGGUUCUUGGGCACAUUAUGGAGGACAGUAGGUGCCGCUGCAGGAGGAACAGUCCCCAAUCAAGAAUCAAUGAUAUCAGAAGGUAACGAAAGUGAUCUUUCGGAAGAAAGAAGACAUGAUGACUGGAAUCAAUUUGGUCCGAAAUUGGAUCUAACCAAUUUACAAAAACUCAUCACUCCCUGGGACUCAAAUACUACCCCUUCUGCUUCCAGCAACAACGCCUCUGCAAUGCGAUCAAAACGAGAUCGAUUUAAUCAAAGAAAUAAUACCGCAACUCCAACUUCCUUCACUCGUCGAAGAGCUCAAUCACCACCAGCAACAGUUGGGUUAGGUUUUGAUUUGGAUAUCAAACCUAUUUCUUCCAUAUCUCGUGGAACGGGUCGAGAACGAGGAAUGGCCUCGUCUCCCAAGAACGUCCCAACUUCACUGAUGGAUGACCAAGAGCCUUUAUAUGACAGAUCAACGGAUCAAGAUGAUCUAGGAAAGGCUUUAACUCCAAUGAAACAAUCAAUCAUUACGACAAUCUCAAAUAAUCAAAAUAAACCAGUAUUUGAAAAUGAACAUUUAACGGAAAUGGAAGAUGAUAAGUGGGGUUGGUGA